AUGCCACCAAAGGUAUGUUUCUCCUGCAUCCCCCCUCAGACAGAGAUGGCGAGGUUGACCCUGGGGCUAUUGGCAUGCAGCCUCCUCCUGCUCUACCUCAUCCUGGAGUCUAAGGCGUCCUUUACAGCUUUGGCUGGCUGGAGACCAGAGGACAUUCCUCCGCAGAUGUUACGCCAGAAAAGAGCGGCACCAGAUGAGGCGACGUUUAACUGGACUUACGUGAUCGACAUCGCAGUGAACGGUUCCUCCGGCGUCAUAGCCGCACUGAACAACAUCAGCCUCCCGGUCCAACUCAACAACAUUACCCAGAUCAGCGAGAUUCAGGUCACCACAGCAUGCACGCCGGUGGGCGCGGGUGAGCAGUGCCGCUGCCAGGAAGGGUUCGCCUGGCCAAUCGAGAGCUGCCUGGCCCACGGCGCCUGUGAUGUCAUCGCCGAGGGUGUCUGCACCUGCAUUAACGGCCGCCCCGCCGACGGGCAGUCCUGUCAACCAAUCAAAUCACUGCAGGCGGAGGUGGUGUUGGAGGUGGAGGUGGAGCUCCACCUCAUAGACCUGGCCACCCUGGAGACUCUCCGCGCCCGGCUGGAGAACAGCAGCUUCCCUCUGGCCCUCAGUCCUGCUGUCGAGAUCACGGACACCAACAUCACCACAGUUUGCUCUCCAUUCGGGGCUGGGUUCCAAUGCACAUGUGAGGAUCCGUAUCGCUGGCCAUGUGACAAGUGUCUUCUACAUGGGUCAUGUGACAACAUCACUGAUGAGACGUGUGGAUGCAUCAAUGCCCUUCCUCCUGAUGAAGAAUACUGCCAGCUCUCCCAACUCAGUCCUCCAGUGGUCUAUGAGUACCUGACUACUAUCGAGCUGCAAACCACAAAUGUUACAGUGUUAGAGGAACUGAGGAGCAUCCUGGAUAACAUCAGCUACCCCUUCCCCAUCGACAGCAACAUACUGAUCUCUGAGGUCAACAUCACCACAGUUUGCUCUCCAUUUUGGGCUGGGUUCCAAUGCAGAUGUGAGGAUCCGUAUCGCUGGCCAUGUGACAAGUGUCUUCUGCAUGGGUCAUGUGACAACAUCACUGAUGAGACGUGUGGAUGCAUCAAUGCCCUUCCUCCUGAUGAAGAAUACUGCCAGCUCUCCCAACAAAUCCCACUCAAUGAGAUCGAGGUAAUCCUGUCAGUGACCCUAGACCUGCCCUUCAUUGCGGAACUGAGUAAUCCAACGAGCAGCCAGUUCAUGGACCUGAAAGAAAGACUGGAGGCAAACUAUCGAUCGCUCACAGGAUUCAGGUCGAUUAAUGUGCGAGGAUUCAGCGCGGGAAGUGUCGUCGUCGACUUCACUAUCAGGACGACCACGGUGGUUGAUGCGGAGCUGACGGCCGCCAACGACAACCUGGGGCAGAGCUUUGAGUCCAGCUUCUUCAGACCCUUCACCAGCCCUGACCCCAUCACCUUCCCCAGCCCGGUGUACACGGGCCAGAACCGGACACUGACCUGUGGACCCCCGCCUCCCCAGGCGGGCAUCGAGGUCGUGACCAGCGUCUCCUGGACUCUGGCCACCAAUCCCGUCCAGAACCGAGGCCGCUUCCAGAUAACCAGUAGCGCCACAGACUCCAGGCUGACCAUCAGCAACCUGGUCCCCUCGGACAGGGGUGCAUUCACCUGCACGCUGGUGAGCGGAGCUCUGAGGUUCAUCCAGCAUGGGAGCUUCACCACGACGACCCUCCUGGCAGCUCCCGUCCUCCUGGUCAACAGAGAGAGCAAUGCCGUCUGUAGGGGCGGCGUCGAUACAGAUACGCCGCGGAGAUGCUGUGUCCAGCUGCCCUACAUUCCCCAGUGGGUCGGUGUGACACCAGUGCUGGAGAGCGUGGAGCAGGGAAACAACUGUGUGCAAUAUGACUACAGGUUAAACUGCACGAUCCCCACUAAUACCACCAUCUGCCGCGUCAUAAACCACCCCUUCGAGGCCAGCAGCCGGCUCAACAUCAUCACAGCAGCAGCAGUCCUCUGCACCAACACGCUGUACGGCGAGGGCGGGCUGGGGGACGAGUCCAGUCCCGGGUGUGAUAUCGGUUUCGAGGGGGAGCGCCUCGCUGUGUGCCAGGCCAGCGGGGUGUGGCUUACCCAGACCAACACCUGCAUCCUCACCAGGAUCAACAACCUCCUGACCCAGUCCGAGUAUAACACAAUAUGCUUCAUGUUAAUAAGUUAUAGAUAUUUCCUUUUUUCUUCUUUUCAGAGUUUGAAUCAGAAUAGUGUUCCAAUGUUCGUGGCAAACCUCAGCGGCGUGGUCAGCGACAAUCAAGACCAAAUAACGAAUUCCCCGGUCACCAUUUCAGCCAUCGUUGACAUCCUGAUCAACGUGGGCAACGUGAGCACAAUCAUCGUGGAGGACACCAUGCAGAGCAUCCUGAACACGGUGGAUGUGAUCGUUGGAGACGACACCAUCGGAUCGUGGGCUGAUCUGAACGCCAACCAAACCCUCAACACCAGCUCCUUGUUCCUGAGCUCCAUGGAGACCAUCACCCAGUUCCUGAGCGGGGACGACUUCUCCGUCGCCACGCCCAGCAUCCUGCUGAACAGAACCCAGUUCAGCGACUCCUUCAUGGCCGACAUCAACUCCAGCCUGGUCAUCAAUCUCCAGAACACCAACCUCACCGACACCUUCAUCACUACCAUCACCUUCUCCACCCUGAGCAACGUCCUGCCCCCCCGCACCAACGCCAGCUUCAACGCCAGCCAAGACGCCAACGCCACCGGGCCGGAGAUCCUGAUCAACGCGGCGGUGGUGCUGAUCCAGCUGAACGGGUCCAGGGCGCUGCAGCCCAACCUGACGCUGUCCUACCGCAAGCGGAACCCCUCGCUCACCGAGGACCCGCAGUGCGUCUUCUGGAACUUCCAGCUGCUCGAGUUUCAGGGCGGCUGGGACGAAGAGGGAUGCACCUUCGUCUCGGACGUGGACGACGUGGUGGAAUGCAACUGCGACCACCUGACCUCCUUCUCCAUGCUCAUGUCCACGGGCCUCCCGCCAGGAGCCGUGGACGCCCUGGACAUCAUCACCUACAUCGGCGUGGCCAUCUCCAUCGUCAGCCUGGUCAUCUGUCUGAUCAUCGAGGCGCUCACCUGGAAGGCCAUGACCGGGAACCCCACCUCCUACCUGCGCCACGUGUCGCUGGUCAACAUCGCCGUGUCCCUGCUCAUCGCCGACAUCUGGUUCAUCAUCGGCGCCGCCAUCACCUCGGAGACGGACCCGACGGAGACGGUGCCCCUGGAGGCCUGCAGCGCGGCCACCUUCUUCAUCCACCUCUUCUACCUGGCGCUCUUCUUCUGGAUGCUGGUGUCGGCGCUGCUGCUCUUCUACCGGACGGUCAUGGUCUUCUCCCACAUGUCCAAGGCGACCAUGCUGGCCAUCGGCUUCUCGCUGGGCUACGGCGCGCCCCUGGUCAUCGCCGUGGUGACGGUGGCGGCCACGGCGCCGCAGGUUCCCCAGGGGUACAUCCGGGACAACAACGGCUGCUGGCUGAGGUGGGAGGACACCUUCGCCCUGCUGGCCUUCAUCAUCCCCGCCGGAGUCAUCGUCUUCAUCAACUUUGUCAUCCUGAUCGUGGUGCUGACGAAGAUGCUGCGCCGUGGCGUUGAGAGCAGCCACUCCGAGGAGAAGAACACUCUGCUGGUCAUCUUAAGAAGCGUGGCCAUCUUGUUCCCCACCUUCGGGCUCACCUGGGCUCUUGGCGUUGGGGUGAUGGUGGCUCCGAGGAAUUUGGGGCUUCAUGUCACCUUUGCGCUAUUCAACUCCUUACAGGGGUUCUUCAUUCUUGUGUUUGGGACUCUCAUGGACCCCAAGAUCCGAGCUGCUCUGUCCAGAACCAUCCCAGCCCUCAACUCCUCCUCCAACCAGACCCGGACUACCAGUGGAGGAGGAUCGUCGACUGGCAGAUGGGCGCUCCUCAACAGGAUACGAGGACGACGCGAUGUGUACCACGUGACGAGCACGGGUAACACCAGCAGCUCCAACACCGCAUCGGAAUCCUACCUCAACAUUUGAUUUUGAACGUUUGUUAUUCAAUCUUAACGCUGUGACGUAACACAGAGCACUUUUCAUGUCUUGCAGGGAAUAUUAAAUAUGGGGAUUGUUGCUUUCACCGAGAUUCUGUUUUACUUUUAUGUAAAACAGAUGUUAUGUUAUGUUUUAAAAUGAACGGAUUAUAUAGUGCGUUUUGUCAUUGUCUUUUACAAUUUAAAUUAUUGAACAAAAUAUGUGACUUCAGUAAGUACGAAUUAGGAUGCAUAGCUGUAAUACAGAAGCAGAGACAGACAAAAGGUCAAUAUGUUUGUAAUACUAUGUGGCAGGGAGACACUAGCCUAUAUAAUGCUUCUUUGUACAACGUCAAUGGAAAUUUGGAAACUAAAUUCUAAAUAACUGUCAUCCAGCUUCAACCCUGGCAUCCAAGAACGUUUCAGGAGAAGUGAAACACUACCUGAUAAUCAACUCAAUAUAUAAAAUAAACAACGUACCAUAGACUUUAGGCUACAUGGUUUCAACGUGAAAAUGCAUUUCUUUCUCUGACCUGAGCGGGACGCUGGUUGUAAUCAUGUCAUUAAACCGUGUCAAUAAACACUUUAUCAA